CCACAUAAUAUUCCUUAUCCUAUGCUAACAUGACAUCAGUGCGGGCGGAUAUGGACGAAAUCGCCUUAACCCAGAAAAUCGGCUCUUGUUUUUGCCGACUAAAUCACCUAAAAGGAGUCGUUCGUUAAAAGCGUACGCAUGUUUGAGUCGUCCGUCUGAAGGCACACAUGACUUCCUAUUAGUGCAUUGAUGUGUUUUGACAAAAUGGAUUUUUUUAUAAAGGUGGUUUUGUUUACAACUUUGUUAUGGACUCCAGCAUCACCAGCUCCUCGGCAGAAGAGGCUUAGUUUAGCGGCUCAUUCUCCAAGUUACUAUUAUACAGACGUAGCAGGUCAUCCAGGAACGUACUCUUUUGGUUAUGACGUAUUAGAUCCAGAGACUGGCAACACUCAAUUUCGUUCUGAGGAGAAGUAUCCAAAUGGAACAGUCGUCGGCAGCUACGGAUAUAUUGAUCCCAAAGGGAGAUCACGCCGUUUUAACUAUAUUGCUGAUGAAUAUGGAUACAGGUAA